UAACAGGUUUGAAUUUAACAGGUUUGAUUAAACUAAAAUAGAAAUUUAGACAUAAUGACCAGAGUCACAUCUGGACGGAAACAAAUGGCAGCAUCAUGCUGUGGGAAACGUUUUACUGCAGAAUCACCUGGUGGGGAAGAAGUUAAAGAUGCAAAUCCAUCCAUCCAUUCAUCCAUCCAUCCAUCCAUCCAUCCAUAACAAAAAACUAUUAGCACAUUUUGCUAAUUGAAAAUUUGCUAAUUAACAAAUAAUUUUGGUAAUUUUCGAUAAGCAAAAUUAGCAUAAGCAAAACACAAAAAUUAGUGCUAGUAUCUUUAGUAUGUUUACCAAAUUUGUUCAAAAAAUUAUUAUUUUGCUAACGGAAAUUUGCCAAAUCCGAUAUUUAGCAAAUGAUAAUAUCUGGUCUGUUCCAUAAAACAAACAACAAAAGAUUAAGAAAAAGAAAACAUUAAUAAAAUGUCAUAAAUAAAAUAAAUAAAUAAAAAACAAAUAUGUGGUUCGGGAAACUUAUUUUAAAGGCUUAUAUCAAGAUACUGGGGUUUUUAAAACGUUUACAAAACAUGUAAACAUAAAGUUAUUUGAAUAUGCAACACUUCCUGUUUAAAGCAACUUUUGCACAUUUGAUUUCAAAGAUUUAAUGUUUCAUAGAAAACCCGUAAAGAAGCGUUUUCCCCACUUAAAUGUCAAAAUCUGAUUUAAAAAAACAUUUUUUUCUGCAGUUUAAAUCAAGCAGCUGAUGGGAUGAAUCCCAGAGCUGGCUGUUUUAAAGCGGAGUGGCCCCCCUGUGAUCGCAGGGGCUGGGUGUAUAUAUAAGUGGACUGGGUUUUUCACGCCGCUGUGCUGAGUGGAGGGACUCACACACGCUCCGCAUUUCCACGCGUUCAGCCUGGAAACACAACAAGCUGCAAACUUCCAGCUCUCACAACCUGCUUUCCCUCUACCAAGAAAUUCCCGCAACUUCUCUCCCCUUAUUCACCCACUUCUGCCGCGGGCAAGAAACUUCCACCCGUUGCGGGACAUGCGGGGGUUCGGGGCUUUGUUAGCGGUGCUUGCGGUCCUGUCGGGCGGGUUGUGGAGCGCCGAGGCCGGGGUGUGGAUGCAGAAAGCAGCAGCAGCAGCGGGGAACAGCUCCGGUGAUUCCCGGGAGGAGAGCUCCAGAGCAGCGGGACACGCCACCUGCCCUGGCCGCUGUCGGUGCGAGGGGGACGGGCUGCUGCACCGGGUGGACUGCUCGGACCUGGGGCUCCGGGAGAUACCGAGAAACCUGAGCGUGUUCACAUCCUACCUUGAUCUCAGUAUGAAUAAUCUGACUGUGAUGACCAGUGGAUCUUUGUCUAACCUGCACUUCUUGGAGGAACUACGUUUAGCAGGAAAUGAUUUGUCCUUCAUCCCCAGAGGAGCGUUCAGCGGCCUCUACAACCUCAAAGUGCUAAUGCUACAGAACAACCAGCUGAGAUCAGUUCCUGCUGAAGCACUCACCAACCUUCACAAUCUUCAGUCUCUCCGGCUGGAUGCGAAUCACAUCUCCGGCGUUCCGCCUGGCUGUUUUUUCGGGCUGCGCUCGCUUCGCCACCUCUGGCUGGAUGACAACGCUCUGACGGAGGUGCCAGUGAAGGCUCUCGGAGAGCUGCCGACCCUGCAGGCCAUGACGCUCGCCCUCAACCACAUCGCCCACAUCCCCGACCACGCCUUCAGCAAGCUGGGUCGCCUGGUGGUGCUGCAUCUCAACAACAAUAGGAUCGUCUCCAUGGGCAACAACUGCUUCCACGGACUCCACAGUCUGGAGACGCUGGAUUUAAACUACAACAGCCUGGUUGAGUUUCCUGCGGCCAUCCGCUCACUCAGCCACCUUAAAGAGCUAGGUUUCCAUAGCAACAACAUCCAGUCCAUCCCAGAGCACGCCUUCACUGGGAACCCGUCUCUGAUCUCCUUGUUGUUUUAUGACAACCCAAUUCAGUCUGUGGGACGGUCGGCCUUCCAGAACCUUCCAGAGCUUCGGACCCUAUCUCUGAACGGUGCGGCAGAACUCGCAGAGUUUCCAGAUCUGUCGGGAACCAGGGGUCUGGAGAGCCUGACGAUCACUGGAGCUCGGAUCACGUCUCUUCCCAGUUCGAUGUGUGAGCAGCUUCCAAACCUUCAGCUGCUUGACCUCUCGUACAACAAGAUCCAGACUCUUCCGAGCUUCACUGGCUGUGAAAGCAUCCAGAAGAUUGAUCUCCACCAUAACGAGGUAGAGGAGCUGAGGGAGAACACCUUCACCGGCCUGAUGACCCUUCGCUCGCUAGAUUUAUCCUGGAACCGGUUGUCAUCUGUGAAGCCAAACUCAUUCUUUGCUCUGACGUCUCUCUCCAAACUUGACCUGUCGUCCAAUCAGCUGUCCUCUCUGCCUCUUACUGGUCUGCAGAGUUUAACUCACAUUCGGCUGGUGGGAAACGAUCAGCUGAUGGAGUUAAUACCCCGAGAAGACCUGCCACGAGUCAGGGUGAUGGAGCUUCCCUACGCCUUCCAGUGCUGUGCCUUCAUCUCCUGUGAGAUGAGAGGAGAAGGAUUAUCCUGGGAAAGAGAAGAGGCGGCAGACUCUACAGCGAGAGACGCUCCUUUCCUUUCCAGUCUAGUGGACCAAGACUGGGACGAUUUUCUGAUGGAGUUUGAAGACGAACCCAAACCUCAACACUCGGUUCACUGCAGCCCAACUCCAGGUCCGUUCCGGCCGUGUCUCCGCCUUCUCGGCAGCUGGAUGAUCCGAGGCGGCGUCUGGCUCAUCGCUGCAAUCGCAUUGGUCAGCAACGGUCUCGUUGUCCUGUCGGUCUUCUUCUCUCCAGCCAGCGUCGUCACGCCCCCCAAGCUCCUGAUUGGCCUGCUGGCUCUGGUGAACGGCCUGAUGGGAGUGUGGAGCGGCUGGCUGGCGGCGGUGGACGCCUGGACGUUUGGCAGCUUCUGGAGGUACGGGGUGAAGUGGGAGAGCAGCUUCCUGUGUCGCCUCAGCGGCUUCCUGUGUGUGUUUGCGUCUCAGACCGCACUCUUCCUGCUGACCGUCGCGGCUCUGGAGCGAUGUCUGUCUGCUGCAGGUGCGACACAGAGCAGCAAAGCUGGCAGCAGCAGCGGUCGCUCUUCGUCUCCGCUCUUCAUCCGUUUGUCGAUCUUCCUCUGCUUCCUGCUCGGCUUCGUCAUCACUCUGCCUCCGCUGAUGGCCGGUCACAGCAGCUCCUCCUUCUGUUUGCCGCUGCCUUCGUCAUCCUCCUCUUCCUCCACCCUGGCCUUCGCGGUCUCCUUGGUGCUCUUCGACUCGCUCUGUUUCCUCGUCAUGACGCUCUCCUACACUCGCCUCUACUGCCGCGCCAGCAAAGCUCCGCCAAACUCCGACGACGACGCGCCGUUGACUCGUCACGUCGCCUGGCUGCUCUUCUCCGACUGCCUGCUCUACCUGCCCGUCGCCUUCCUCUCCUUCUCCUCCCUCCUGCGGCUCCCCGCCGCCGGGCCGGAGGCGGCGAAGGGAGUCCUGCUGCUCGUGACGCCGCUUCCGGCUUGCGUAAACCCGCUUCUCUAUCUCCUCUUCAACCCGCUGGCCAGGGGAGAGCUGGCGGCGCUGGCGGCUGGCGCCUGCAGGGGCGCAGUGGCGUCACAGUUACAGAGAAGGGGCGUGACCGGAGGACGGCCGCUGGAUUCAACGUUCGAUGAAGACGCGGAGAAGCAGUCGUGUGACUCGACUCAAGCGCUGGUGGUUGUGGAAGGUGUGAAGGAAGAGGAGGAGCAGAGGAGCAAGACGCAACCGGCCGCCCAACGUCGCUAAACGGACAGAAAACUCACACAUGUAGCGCUUGUUGGUCUCACCUGACAACAGCUUGAAUUUCGAUCCCAAAGGUUCUUUUUCUUUCUAACAGAACCUUCAAAAUCUGCCUCAUUUCAUUCUAUUGUUCAAAAUUCACAUUUACUCUUCAAUUUGGGUUUGAACUGCUUCUAAAAGCAGGUAAAGCAUUUAAAAAGAAAAUAAGUUAAUGCUUUUGGUGUGUGGAAAAUGAGCCAUUUUAAAACCUCCCUAAUAUUAACUCACAUUCUACGGGCACUAUGCCGUUACCUGGCAACUAGUGGAAUUCCGCCUGUUACCUAGCAACCCAGGCAGAGCUCCAGCCUGGUCAGCUAGGGUUCCACUUUAUGCGCUGUACAAUGGCUGCUGGAAAAGACUAGAGUUUUGUUGUUGACUUACUAUCCAGAAACUAUUUGCUGCAUUUUGUUGGUUGUGCAGGAGGCUCCACUUCUGCUUUUUAAGAUGCACGGUUGUAUAGUUGUGGAUCUGUCUGCAGCUGUUUUCAUGUGUGAGUGUAAACAGUGAGUUGGGGGCGUGGCCAGCUGCAGCUUAUUGGAUCAUCCCCUAGGUUUCAGGGCAUCAAAGUAAGGGAACUUCAGCCUUUGGACAAUCCUGCAUGUUUUAGUGAGGCAGAUUUCUAUGACGACGAUUAUUAAUUUAUUUGUAUAUAUUUUUUACUUUUGAAACUCAAGAUUUUCUUUUUGAGUUUCAAAGGUAAAAAAUACAUACAAAUUUUAGAAAGUUUCUGUAUUUGAAAAGUCAGAAAUUUUCAACGUUUGAAACACAGAAAACUUUUUCAAGAUUUUUCUUUUUAAAUUCAUCUCAAAAUUAGUUUUUUUUGUACAGAUGUUCCACUUUUCAAACUCAGAAAUUUCUGUUUUUGUAGAAAAUUUCUGACGUUAAUCAAAAAAUUUGUUUUUUAUCACAAAAUUUCAAUUUUUUGUAUUUUUUUGCAUACAUUUUUUCCCCUAUAAUGGCCCUAACACAGCGUAGUAUUUAUUCCCUAUCUUCACUAACUCUGUUGGUUUGCCUGAUUCUUCUCCCGAUAAAUGAAAUCCUCAUAAUCUGAAGCAUUUAAAUGUGAGAAAAAUAUGUGAAAGUGAGUCUCAGUAGCUGAUUUCUGAGAAUAUAAACACAUUUUUUAGGUUUUACUGUCAAUUUUUUUUGUUGGUGUUUUUAUGUGGUAAUCCCAUAAAAUGCGUCCAGAAAUGACUUUAAGGGACCAGAUUUCAUGAAUUUUUGCUCUGCCUUUCCAGCUGUUGUCAGGUGAGAUCAAACCUCCAGGUCCAGCAAAUGUAGCAGCAGCAGAAGAAGAGAAGCCUGAACUCAUUUUUCUAUUUUUUUUCUGUUUUGACCAGACAGUUUGUUUCAGAAGAGGGUCUCAGACAUCAUGAAGGGUUUCAUUUUAAAACAUGGUUUUGCAGCAACGCGCCACCAAAUGUUCUCGCUAACGUCUCGUGUUUCUGCGAGCGAGUGUGAAAACUGCAGCCUGCGUGAGAGUUUCGUCAACCUGGAGGAGAAAACCAGCUGCAGAAUCAUCGUCCGUUCAGUCUGAAAUGUUUAUAUCUUUAAGCUCAUUCUGACCUCAUUUUCAGGUCACAAGAAUAAAAAUAAUCUGUUUUUGUGUUGUAAAUAGGCGCUACUGUGACAAUCUUCAUUUACGUAGACUGUGAGAAAUCUGUUUUUUCAAGGUUUUUGUUGUAUGUAUAUUACAGUUGUUUUUUUAACGCUUGUCUUUUUCAUGUUUGUCGUGUGAAGUGGUGAUUGUGAACACUGUUUCACAUUAAUGUGACCUAAAAUACCUGCAGAUUUUCUCACCUCUCUUGCUAAAUCUUUGGGCUGGAGAAACAUUUUCUACUUCAUUUAUUUAUUUAUUUUUAAAAAUGGUCUGACGUUAUAUAUUUUUUAGAGGAAAAAUUUUAAUCUUUGCUUCUUGUGGUUUUUUAAUGGAAAUUUUAGAGUCAUGUGCUUCUGAAUAAAUCAACUUUGUUGGCUUUUAAAUCAAAGCUACUUUAUAUAUUUCAAUAUAUUUUUUAUUCAGGAUAAAAAAAACAGCUGUUGAGAAGUUUCAGAAGUGAAACCUGCUUUAGUUAACAUAGAAACUUUGAUUUUUAACCAUAAUUUUGCUUUAUUUAUAAUCGAAUAAAACAUUAAACUUUUACAAAACUAAAUAAUUUCUUCUUUUCAGUAAAGUGCUCCGUAGUUGUGGCAAUUUAAGGACAUAGUCUGAAGACAAAUGACAAAAAUGGAUGAAAAAGAAAAAUGCUGCUGGUUUGAGUAAAUUUAAUGCAAAUAUUUUAUCAAAUGUUUAGUUUAUCUGAAAUUCAGACUUCGCCACACUUUUCAUUCAACUGAAGAAUAAAAUGUUGCAAAACAAGAUUUGUUUUAAUCUUUUACCUUGAUUAUUUAAGUAGUAUUAAAAUAAUCCAGCUGUGGGAAUUUUCUGUACAAUUGGGCAUUAAAAAAUUAAUUUCGACAAAGUAUUAAUCAAUUAAAAGUGGAUUUUUUAAAAAAAUGUAUUUCGAACAGUAGAGCUGUUAAAAUAUAUAAAAAAGUAUAAAUUCACUGUCAAACAGCAGUUUUCCCAGUAUAAACAAAUUAUUUCCACACUUACUGGCUGGUAUUUUGGUAAGCAAAGUUCUUUUUAUAAUUUGGGCGAAUCACAUUUUUAUAACCUUUUUGCUGUAAUUUUCCGGUUGGGAAUCAGAAAAUACAAACAAGUUAUGUAAUUUAAAACAAACUAAAGUGGAUACAUUCAGUAACAUUACGAUGAGUCUGCAUCAAAUAUCAGUGGUUAUAACAGGAAACAAACAAAAUCUCCAUUUAUUUGUAACCACAAGGUAAUAGUUGAGUAAUUACAGAAACGUGACCAGAGGGACCGGGAAUCGAACUCAUAACCUUCCGAUUGCAAUACAACUAUUUGAAAUAUUGUUAUUGACACGUUGCAUAAAUUACAGGGUUUGAACAGGUUAUAGUAUUCUUUGUAUUUAUGUUGGAUUUCCUCUCAUUAUCGUGUUCAUUUAGUUUAUAUCUCAGCUUUUUCUGUGUAUUUCACCCUAAGUGUUAUGUGAGCAGGUUUUUCUUUGAUAUCAUCCCAUCUUAUUUUGAAUUUCACAGACAACCUAAAUACACAAGUAGAUGGGAAUUAUUUUAGAUCAUGGUUUCUGCCUCCCUCAAAAAUUGCCCCACAGUUGGUCUAAUUAUAACAACGAAACUUAAUAACUUUGGUAAAAGAAUUUGUCUUGAUAUGUUUUUUCUGUAUGUGAAGUGGUGGUUUCUGGUAAAAACACGUUUUCAGUGUUGUACUUUCAAUAUCUAACGCUUUCACUUACAAAAAAAAUAAAACAUAAACCACAUGAAAUAAGAGGGCGGGGUUUAAGCUUGUGCCCCGCCCUUUUUUAAAUGUGUCACCACAGCAACAAUCAAAGGAAUACAUAAAAAAAUGAGUAAUCACAAAGCAUGACGAUGAAUGUGUGCUGUGUUAAAAGUUUUUUGUUGCACUUUUUCUGUAAUCAGCACUUAAAAUAUAAACAAAUUAAAUGUUUCAUGAAAACGUAAAAUGGUUCUUCCCUUAAAAUGUUCUUCUUGUCCUCUUGUAAAUCUCUGUAAAGUACUUUGAGUGUUUGUUGGAGUGUAGUUUGUAAAGUUUAGCUUGAAGUUACAGUUUGUGACGUAAAUAAAAUUGGCAAAAUGUAUA